AUGUCUGGCGAGCGGAAAUCCAUGGAUGACAUCGCGAUGGAGAAGGCCCCUUGGGCCGGCAUAGAGCAUCUCGAACGGCACAUGCGAGCUGGACUGACGCAGGACGAUGCGGAAUUCCUCCAGAGCUACGAUGUGGACAUCAAGAAACAGGAUCGAGUCUACCACAAGGUCGACUGGCGUCUCUGUCCAAUGCUAGCUGCGCUAUAUUUGAUAUCCCAUCUCGACAGAGCAAACAUAGGCAAUGCGAAGAUUGAAGGCCUCGAAGCCAGUCUCAAUAUGACAGGAACUGACUACAACGUCGCUCUCGCGGUGUUCUUCAUUCCAUAUGUGUUGUGCGAAGUCCCUUCGAACAUGCUGUUGACGAAAUUCACGAGACCUUCCGUUUAUAUGUCGAUCCUGAUCUUCUGCUGGGGGGUCGUCAUGACCUUGAGUGGUGUUGUCCAGAACUUCGGUGGUCUCGUGGCCACACGCUUCUUCCUGGGCUUGUUCGAGGCCGGAUUCUUCCCUGGCGCGAUCUAUCUGGUGGGACAGUGGUAUCCUCCUAACAGGACGCAAUUCCGCAUGAGUCUAUUCUACUGCGCUAGCGCAUGUUCUGGAGCAUUCAGUGGUCUUCUGGCGGCUGGCAUAGCCCGUAUGAAUGGCCUUGGUGGCUAUGAAGGAUGGCGCUGGAUCUUCAUUAUAGAGGGUCUCGCGACAGUCCUCAUGGCCGGCCUUUGUUGGUUCUGCUUGCCGGAUUCUCCAGCGCUCGCCGUUGGCAAGUGGCUGACAGAGGAAGAAGCUCGAUUCCUGCAACUCACCCACAUCUACACUCGCGGGUUACAGAAGAAACCAGUCCUGGACGAAAGUGGCAAAGCCAAAUUCCAGUGGAGUGUUCUCUGGCAGGUUCUCACAGACUGGCAGCUGUACCUGCAGGCACUCGUCUUCAUGUCCAACGCUGUGCCCAACUAUGGUCUCAAGUUCACCAUGCCUCAGAUCAUCAAGAAUAUGGGCUACACAUCGUCCCGCGCCCAGCUCUUGACGGCGCCACCUUACUUCUGCGGUGCGAUCAGCGCGCUAGUGAGCUCACUGUUGGCCGACAGGUUUACCUGGAGAAUGCCGUUCAUUGUCGCUUCUCAGGCCCUACUCAUCAUCGCCUACUCGAUCCUGUUCUCUAAGGCUGAGCAGAUCACCGACAAUAUUCCUCUCUGCUACUUUGCUGUCUUCGUUGCUUGUGUUGGCAUCUAUCCGAUCCUUCCAGGAUGCAAUGCGACCCGCGAAGAGGGCUAUGGGCAUUGCUUCAUGAUAUGUAUGGGAAACUGCGGAGGCAUUGUUGGCUCAUUCAUCUUCCUGCAACGCGAAAGCCCAAAAUAUCCGACUGGCUUCGGUAGCAGUCUGGCGUUCGCUGCCGCUGGGAUUGUGUCAGCCCUAACACUUGAGACCCUGUUCUGGAGCAUCAACAAGAAGAAUGAGAAAUUCACGGAGGAUGAGAUCCGCAGAAAGUACACGGAGGCGCAGCUUGAGAAGAUGGGGGACAGGUCGCCAUUAUUCAAGUACCACUUGUAA